CAACAGCUGCUUUGCCAGAAACCAGAAACCAGAAGGCAGAAGGCGUUAAAGUAGUUGGCGAUGUGACUUGUACGUCAACUAACCUGUGUUAGGUUUAUAAAGUUGUGUGUAUGUGUACUGUCCGCUGCUCGUCCAUGUUGUUGGUGUAAGGUGUGCUGCAGUCUCUUAAAAGGAGCACCAUGGCAAUGUGGAUCCAGGCCCAGCAACUGCAGGGUGAGGCGCUGCACCAGAUGCAGGCGCUGUACGGCCAGCAUUUCCCCAUCGAGGUGCGACACUACCUGGCCCAGUGGAUUGAGAGCCAGCUGUGGGAUUCAGUAGAGUUGGACAACCCAUCGGAGGAGGCCAAAGCCAAGCGUCUGCUGGACAACCUGGUGGCAGAGUUGCAGAGGAAAGCCCAGCUUCAGGGAGGAGAGGACGGCUUUCUGCUCAAGAUAAAGCUGGGCCACUACGCCAACCAGCUUAAGAGCACUUAUGACCGCUGUCCUUUGGAGCUGGUGCGCUGCAUAAAACACAUACUGCAUUCAGAGCAGAGGCUGGUUCAAGAAGCUACAAAUGCCAGCGGUGGGAGUGGGGGUCAGGCCAUGGAUAGCCUGUCACAGCGCCACCAACAGAUCAACCAGGCCUUUGAGGAGCUCCGCCUGGCCACACAGGAGACUGAGAAUGAACUGAGAAAGCUGCAGCACAGCCAGGAGUACUUCAUCAUCCAGUACCAGGAGAACCUGCGCAUCCAAGCCCAGCUGAGCAGCCUGUCUUCAGUGCCAGCAGCUGAGCGCACCCAACGGGAGACCACCCUACAGAGCAAGAGGGCCACUGUGGAGGCCUGGCUUACCAGAGAGGCCAGCACACUACAGAAAUACAGACUUGACCUGUCAGAACAACACCAGAAGACCCUAGCCCUGCUGAGGAAGCAGCAGACUCUGAUCCUCGACGAGGAGCUCAUCCAGUGGAAGAGGAGGCAGCAGCUGGCUGGCAACGGGGGUCCUCAUGAGGGGGGGCUGGAUGUCCUUCAGUCCUGGUGUGAGAAGCUGGCUGACCUGAUCUGGCAGAACCGACAGCAGAUCCGGCGCUGUGAACAUCUGACCCAGCAGCUUCCUCUGCCGGGCCCCAUGGAAGAGUUGCUGAGCAAACUCAACGCUGACAUCACUGAUAUAAUUUCCGCAUUGGUUACCAGUACCUUUAUCAUAGAAAAGCAGCCACCCCAGGUGUUAAAGACCCAGACGAAGUUUGCAGCAACGGUGCGCCUUCUGGUGGGCGGGAAGCUCAAUGUCCACAUGAACCCACCUCAGGUCAAGGCUGUCAUUGUUAGCGAGCAGCAGGCCAAAGCUCUCCUGAAGAAUGAGAGCACACACAGUGAAAGCAGUGGAGAAAUCCUCAACAACAACUGUGUGAUGGAGUAUCAUCAGGCCACUGGCACCCUCAGUGCACACUUCAGAAACAUGUCACUGAAGCGGAUCAAGCGUUCAGACCGGCGAGGUGCUGAGUCGGUGACGGAGGAGAAGUUCACAGUUCUGUUUGAAUCACAGUUCAGCGUGGGGGGCAAUGAGCUGGUCUUCCAUGUCAAAACCUUAUCGCUGCCUGUGGUAGUGAUUGUCCACGGCAGUCAGGACAACAAUGCCACAGCAACAGUCUUGUGGGACAACGCCUUUGCUGAGCCAGGCAGGGUCCCGUUCAUCGUACCAGACAAGGUGCUGUGGCCGCAGCUGUGUGAGGCCCUCGACAUGAAGUACAAGGCAGAGAUGCACAGCGGGCGUGGCCUGUCGGAGGAUAACCUGGUCUUCCUGGCACAGAAGGCUUUUACAAGCAGCAGCAACAACCCUGAGGACUACCGCAACAUGACCAUAUCCUGGGCCCAGUUCAACCGGGAGAGCUUACCUGGACGCAACUUCACCUUCUGGCAAUGGUUUGAUGGAGUGGUUGAGCUCAUGAAGAAACAUCUCAAGCCCCACUGGAAUGAUGGGGCUAUCCUGGGCUUUGUUAACAAGCAGCAAGCACAGGACAUGCUGCUGUCCAAACCCAACGGAACCUUCCUGUUACGCUUCAGUGACUCUGAGAUUGGAGGCAUCACCAUCGCCUGGGUAGCUGAGAAUCCCAACAAACCAGGUGAGAGGCUGGUCUGGAAUCUGUUGCCUUAUACAACCAAGGACUUCUCCAUUCGCUCCCUGGCCGACCGCAUCAGUGACCUUAACCACCUUCUGUUUCUCUACCCUAACCGGCUCAAAGAUGAGGUCUUCGCAAAGUACUACACCCCUCCACUCUCAAAAGCAGUGGAUGGAUACGUAAAACCACAGAUCAAACAAGUUGUGCCAGAAUUCACCACCCCGAACCCUGAGCCCAGCGGAGGAACUUCCGCAUUCAUGGACCAGACAGCCUCUCCCUCCGUGAGCCACCCCAACAACUUUGGUGCCUACCCUUCUAUGAGUGAUGCCAUGUUGGAUGCAGAUGGAGACUUUGACCUGGACGACACGAUGGACGUGGCCCGCCACGUGGAGGAGCUGCUCAGCAGGCCUAUGGCCAACCAGUGGAGCAGUCAGCACUCCUGAACCUGAAACCUGAACCUGCCACACGCUCUCUGGUCUUCUCCAUCUUUUAACACAAACACCCACACUUCUAUUCUCAUUUCUACUGGACAGCAGCUACGGCAAGAAAUGUCCCAUCUUUAUCAGUUUCUGUGGUAGAUCCACAGGGACACAAUUCACUAUUCAUCUUCAGUUUUAGCUGCCCACAGGCAAGUACACAGCUAUUCAUGAGCAGACCAAAGUGUCACCUACCAUCAAGAGUCAGUGUUACUGGCUGGUGUUGUCCUCUCCCGCUUAUCAUAGUUUCUCAGGGCUGUCGUGUGUAGCUGGUUUGGGUCAAUGAGAUUUUUAUACAAAACAGAUAAUUAGUUUUUAUGCCAGCUUUGCAUUCAUAUGUGCCUGAUGAUGAGCUUUUAGCUGGCACUGGGAGACUUUUGCAUAAAAAUCCACAGUAGACUAGCUUCCUCUUAAAAUUCACAGUUAACAGUUGUUAAUGUGACUAAAUGCUGACAAAUCCUAUCUCAUCUCUAUUACAGGGAAUAUUUGUCACUCAUUAUUAGUAUCUUGAUAAUCCAGAAUAUUCUUUAAAAUGACUUAAAGUAAGACUAUGUAACUUCAGCUGAACAUCAGACACUGUGACCACAAGUAGUAUUUAUACUAGACGAUAGCAAAUAGAAUUUUCCUCCAUCUCCAAAGAUUUUCUUGAGUCUGUUGCUUUAAGCACAUGCUCAUUAGGUGACCUGAAUGAGCAAGCAACAAGCAGGAAAAAUGUCUCCCAGUCAGGUACAUUGGAGCUGUUGCUCUAUCAUUAGCUGAGCAGUGGCUUAAGCUUUAGGAUGGGAUUCGUUGAAACAAUCAGAUACCCCAGUUUCCUGAGGCUGAAGUUGAAACUUCACCGGUGAUUUACUUAAACCCAGCUGCUGUGGCUACUGAACUUUAACUUAAAGCUGUUGCACUCCUGGUUUAACUGAAGUUCGACUUAAAGGUAUCCUGUGGAGUUCUUGACCACUAGUAGCACUAAUGUUUUUAUGAAUGGGCCCCCAUUCUGUUGCAGUGUGUAGGUGAUAUAAUGCAGUAUGGCUGUCGCACUGAAGUUAUAUCUCCUGCUGUGUUUUAGGGUUGCUCAACAGCACGGCAUGCAGUAUGCCUUUUUUUAAAUUAAAUUAAAUUACUUUGGAAGGAGCACAGUGGGGUAUUGUUUAAUCUCAGCACUUGCUUGUACUAAUCACCUGCACUCUCCCUCCUCCUGGGUCUGUGGUGGCUUUCAGCAGAAAUAAGUUCACCAGUUAUUUAACAGACAUUUAUUAUUUAAGACAUACAAGUGGCCUGCUUAGAAAAAUGUGUAUUUCUUUUUGCAAAAAAAAGUAUAAAUUACACAUUAAAAUCCUUAAAAAAUAAUCUACUCCUUCUACUUCAUUAAAAAGUCUAUGGAUAUACAUAUCUAUGGAUAUAUAUUUCUAAAGUUUUCCUGCUGGACACAAGAUGUCUCCUACUUAAUUCACUGUAAAGUCCAUUCACAGUGGAUGUGCACUGGUUCCUACAUCACACUGUACAAGUUGCAUACUGGACCAGGAUGACUGUCAAACUAUUUGUGAUGUCACAAAUCAUGUGUUUUUUAAUUUUUUAUUACAGUCCCUUUAACAUCCAACAUCACAGCCCUCAGUUUACACUUAUAGCCCUGCUAUCUAGCAGUUGGGGGUUUAAACAUAAAAAUCAAUACAGAGUGAGAAUCGAUACAAUAUCAAAAAACAAAAUAUUGCUUUACUCAAGUGUAUCAAUAUUUUCUUACACCCCUAACACGGAGUAGCACUGUGUUUUCGAUAGCGCUUCUGUCGUGUCAAGUUUCUUCUGCCUAGCUGCUUUCCCAUCUUACAAAACAAAUUCUGAUAAUGAUGUGACGAUGUGAUAUCACAUGUGGUUGGCUUGUCAAUACAGCAGUAUUUGAUUAUUUGAGCAGUGUAUUGGCAAAGAUCUGGUGAUGCAAUCACUAUACAGGGGUUACAAUUCAGUAUAUUGCGAUACUGUAAGCAAUGUGAUAUAUAAUAAUAAAUACAUAAGCCCUAUUCAUUAUUGCAGUUAGUGCGACAGCCCUACGAUGCACAAAUCUCAAUGUUUUCAUGCUAUUAUACUGGCCCAAGAGAUGCACUAAUGUGCCAGCAAAGGCAGGAAUGUUUCAAAAUGCUAAAUUAAAUAAGUAGUAAAUAAAGUGUUUUACAAGGACAGAAAUAGUUAGCUCUCAGGAAUACACACUGUGUGUUCUGAUGAUUGAAACGGAAACUUUGUUUACAAGAAAACUCCACAGGAUAGCUUUUAAACCCUAGUGCCCCACAUGGUUUAUCUGAGGUUUAACUAUCUGAUGAUAUUGAACUAUAUGACAAACUGGCCAGGUCACUUUUAAGACCGUGUACUGAUUAAUGCACCAGCACGUGGUGUCAGGUAAGCCAAGUGAUUUGUUCAGUCACCUGAGGCUGUAAUUCUUAGGGAGAGGGAUGGGAUCAUAGAUGUUUUGUAAGAUCAAUUCCAGUCCAACCCCUGACCGGUUGUCCUCAACAAGGGUGGGUUUAAGUAUGACUUCAACUUUUUAUUUCUUCUUUUAAAGGUUUCAUAGUCUGGUUUUAAGUUCUGAUAGUUUAAUUUCAAAUUUGUAACCGCAAUGGUUUGGUGCUUCUUGUAUAACAUUGUUUCUUAAUUGCUUCUAUUACACCCAUUCUCUGAUGCUCUUGUGCUGCACUGCCUUACAGCAAAAUGUUAAAAUUUUACAGUAGGUGCUAUCGUUUAGUCUCAUGAAGUCAGUAACUGCUCACUGAUUUUAACCCCAAAUGUACCCUCGUAGUUUACCAGCCUAAUCAAAUUAGACUUCAAUGUCAAGAGCAGUAAAUAUUGUCACAUUAAAAUGUAAAAUGUCAGAUCAGUUCUAUCACGUUAUGUCACUGUACCAGAAUUUACUGAAUACAGAUGUUGUAGUCUGUAGUCAGUGAAUGCUUAGUGUCUUGCUAAAUGUUUGUCCUAUAUAUUUUUUUUUUUUUUUUUUUUCAGUCCUGGAGGUUAGAUUGACAGAGAAUUGUCUGCCUUCACAUACAUCUGUGAUAUGCUACUAAAAUUUUAACUAUCAUUUUAACAUAAAUAUACAAGCAUUCACCAAAGGCCCACCAAAGGGCUCUUAUUUGCCCCUGCAGUUAAAGCUCCCCCUCCUCCCUUCCCCACCCUACAUGGUACGUGGGUAAAAUAAAACACACAAAUCUUUAUCAAAAAACCCCCAAAACAUCAGUUAUAAAGGACAAAGAACAAAAACUGUAGUCCACAGCUCAGUAAAGGUAGGUUUUGUGUAUGUGUCAUUAUUUCACUCAAUAACUUACCAUAAAACUUUAGACCAAAAAUACUACACAUCUGGACACAGCCAUAUUACAUGCAAAUAGGUUGUAAUGUGCAAAUGGGUGUGGGACAAAGCUGGAACUGGUCCUUCCCUAGGGGUCAGAUUUGUUACAUUUGAAAUUAAUCAUUUGAUAGUUGUAGUUUCAGGAUGAGAGGGCCACAGCAAAGUCUUCUUCAUUUGAUCGACUCCUGACAGUUUUUUAAGCCAACAUUCUAGACCUUGGUCACACCCAUUGGCAAGCACAUAACUUCUUGUACAUAUAAGAUACAAAGCCCUCAAUUUUGGGUUAACUCAUUAUAUAAUUGAGGAGGGGAUGUAUGGGUAGAGCAUCUUCCCACCGAACCCCACAAGCUCCAACAACUGACCUCAGCUGUAGAUAAAAGAAAGUGGUUAUGGUAAAUUAUAUUUUCUAUGGAGGAUUAUCUUAGACCUUCGCUAUUGAUAUUAUGGGAAAGAGAAUGCAUUUUGUCCAGGAGGUACGGAGCAUACCAGAGUAAUUUGUUUUAAAAAUUGGUGUAUGUUUAUGCCAUUUCACAUCCCAAUUUCCCAAGUUUCCAGCCCGCUGCCAGGUUUUGAUGGAGUCGGAUAUAAUAGGGAUUUUUUCCUGGCACUGCUUACGAGACAAACCACAGAAAAGAACUUCAUUCAGUUUAUGAGGAGUGCGUAUGUUACAUAUUUUAGAGAUUCGUUUUAAAUUGUAAGCCUGGAAAUAUGAAAAGGAAUGCCAGACAUUUACCUAAAGUAGAAAUACUGAUUUGAAAUGUGUGCAAGCAGAGAAAUGCACAGUCAAGAUUCAUUCAUUGCAACAAUAAGACUUCUGACCUUCUGAAUAAAAGGGGUGGGGGUUAGGUAGUGUAAUUAGUUAAUUAUACCUAAUAAAAGCACAGAUAAAUAAACAGUAUAGAAUACUGUAACACCUGUCUUACCUUUGUGCUGCACAUAAUGGUGACCAUCAGCCAAUCAGAGCAGAGUAUAAAUUACAUACGUUUGACUAAUCAUUAACAGAACUGAACACUUCAUUUAAACAAAGUUUCAUUGUUACAAUCUGUGGCCAUGGAUUUCCACACAAAUAUUCAAAACAGAAUAGUCAACAUAGCAAAAAGCCCCCAUGACACCACCUUGAGUCAUUGUGACUUGGACUUCGACUGGGUCGCUGUUUUGAUCACUUGCAACUUGACUCGACAGAAAAUUAAUGACUUGAGACUUGACAUGGAAUUGGAAGUUAAAGACUCUUUACUUGACUUGAGACAUGAGGAUUCAAAUGACUUUUCAGUUAUUUUUAUAUUAAAUAAAAUGUUGAAUGUUGUCAAUAAAUAUAAAUAAUCACAUUAGCUCUGGUCCUUGAACUGUUUCUACUCAAGAUUCUUAGAACCUUGGUGCUAUCUAGCAAACCAGCCCCUCGUUUUUAACAAAUUGAGUGGAACCAUAGUAAUCGGAUGCAUCAUCAACAGAGGGCCUGUAGAACAUGACAAGCCCACUUUGGUUCCCAAGAAAAACCUGCUAUUUUGUGGUUCCAGCUCAGAACCAGCUUUUCAGUUUCCAAACCAAUUUAUUUUUGGUAGAAAUGCUCUGAACAGUUCAAAACUAGGUACUUGAACCGGAGAACUGGAACCUUAAGAGCUCUGUACAGUAUGUGCUGUGUCACAAGCUACUCACUGCAUUCCUUUGGGAGAAUUCACUUACCUCACACUGUUAUACUUCUUUCAGUCACAAGUGUUCAACACUUCUUCUGAAACUGCAACCAGAUUCGAUGCAUUCAGGACCAGGCUGAACCUUGCUCUGCAUAUAUACAAAGCUUUUUUCUCAGCAAUCUUGAAAUAAUAAACCUUCAGUAAAUGUGUCCUUUGUCUAGAGAUACCGGGGCUCUGUAGAUCUGCUUGUGCCUUGUGGAUUGUUAAGGGACAGCACUGCCCAUACAGGAAAUUUUAAAGCCAUUGUCACUAACACUGCACUACCAGCCUCGACCAAGUAACGCCUAAUACCUUUGCCAAAACUCACCCAUAAUUAAAGUUCACACAGUAAACCUCAGGAAAAGUCACUGUGAAAUGCAGGUAAAUGAGUCCAUAUAAACCAAAUGUCUCCAGUGUAGAUAGGACGGUUUUCUAACUCGUGCUACUCUUGCCUUUUUGUUAGAUUGUUAAAUAAAAGCUGAAACACAAACUUUGAUGGUGUACUAAAUCAGCAAAAGCGAACAAGCACUUUGAUGCUCACACCAGCAGUUAUUUGAUGUUCUUGAUUAUACAGUUCCUCUGUACGCCUGGACUUCGUGUUUGUCUUCAGAUCAACUUAAUGUAUUUUAAUGUUUGUCUUCAAUGUAAUUCCGUUUUUUUAGCUUGCUGCCGCUGUGUGUUUGCUGGCGUCUGUACAGUCUGUGGCUUGUUUGGGAACUUCCAUCUUUUGCUAUAAUUUGGUGGAUGUUGGGAUUCGGGACAUGAAAAUAAACCUUUUUCUAAAUAA